AGGUUAGGUUGAUAUAUACUCUGCAAAAUGUCAGUAUACGCACCUUAUUGACACUGAGUUGAUGUUACGUUUACAUAUUAAAUUUGUUCGUUAUAUUUAAUAUAAAUCAUCACGAUUAUAUGCAAGAUGCUUUCACAUAAACAAAUUCCUAUAUUUUCCUAUGAAUCAAAAGAUUUUAAUUUUGUCGUUAAAUUAUAUGAAGAAAAAGAGAGCCUAUUUGAUAAUAUUUUACAGCAAACGUGGAAGCAGGCUGAAAAGGCCAAAGCAUUUCGAUACACUUUAAAUAUAAGGAGCAAUAAAUCAUUGAAAGGCAGAUACAGAUUUUUAGUACAGUUAAAUCCAGAAAGAGCUGAAUGUAGACGUGUACCAGAAUCAAUUACAUCUAUGCUGCAGUCUUUCGACUCCACACGUUUUAAUUUCACUAAUCUAACACAACAAGAAAUAUUAUUUGACAUUGGUGAUGGUGACACAAAUGAUAUAGUUGCAAUUAAUGCCAGUCCUUUGGAAGAGGGUCAUUGUUUAGUUCUUUUGGAACGCUUAAAAUGUUUACCACAAGUUAUGACAGAGUACAGUCUUCGCAAAGUGGUAGAAUUAUGUCUUUUAAGCAGCUCAUGGUCUUUGAGGGCUACUUUCAAUAGUUUGUGUGCUCAUGCAUCUGUUAAUCAUUUACACUGGCAUUUGUACUAUUUAAAAUACGAAAUGCUUCUUGAAUACAUUGAUAUUUACAAUUAUACAUCUAAUGUAUACUUAUUGAUAAAUUAUCCGGCGAAAGGGUUCUGCCUCAAAUUGUCUAGUUUUAAAAGUAUGCAGGAUUUUGUGUCUCAAACAUUCCUUAUAGUGAAUUAUUUACAAUUACAUCAAGUAGCACACAAUGUAUACAUUACACGAGCAAAAUCACGAUCUAACGACGAUUCGUAUAACGAUUUACGCAUUUAUAUUUGGGUGAGGAAACAUUCUACUGGUGUUAGAGAUACAACUGCCUUUUUACCUGCAGUAUGUGAAUUUUUUGGGCAUUUUUCAAUUAGAGAUGAAGAAGUGUACAAUAAUUUGACAGAAGAUAAAGUAAAGAAUGUUAUUAAUGAUACUACGGAAGAAUAUUUCUUAUUAAUAAAAGAUGAGCUCAAAAUUUUUUUAGAGAAAUAAAUAGAAAGAGAGAAAGAAAAGAAAAGCUAUAUUAAAUCUUUACUAAAUAGUGGAAUGGUCAUUUUUUCAUUCGUUUUUUUUUAUUUCGUUAUAUAAUUAACCUGUACUAAAUUAUAUAUAUUAAAAUCAAUUGAAACAUUCUGUAUUC